GUGAUAUAAACUUACUUUUUUGAAAUGGGUUGAACCUGGUGAUUAUGACAGACCCAGAUAAUAGUCUGACUGCCAUAGAUUGGCUUCCAAAUCUCAGUAUAAGCAUGUUAACAGCUUCGAUUGAAAGUGAAUUUCCCUUUGAAAUGGACAGUUGGGACUCUGUGAGUGUGGAUGAUAAUAAAACAGAGUCUGACUGUGGGUCUACGCCCUACCAACCGGAUAGUAAACCACCUUAUAGUUAUGCGAGCUUGAUAACAUGUGCUAUACAAAGUACGACAGAAAAGAAAAUGACAUUAAGUGAAAUUUAUCAGUGGAUCUGUGAUAACUUUCCGUAUUAUUGUGAAGCUGGGAGUGGCUGGAAGAAUUCUAUUCGUCACAAUUUAUCACUUAAUAAGUCUUUUACCAAAAUACCACGCUCUCGAGACGAACCAGGCAAAGGAUCUUAUUGGUGUCUGUCUAAUCAGUUUGAUGAUCAAGAAUGUAUGCCUUCAGCUCCAAAAAGACAAGCCGUAUGUUCAGAGCAAAGUUUGAGUUACAUGUCACAAUUGCAAAAAAUAUCACACACACAUGAUACAACUUUAAUCACAUCUGAAAAUACAAAUAAUAAUGGUAAUAAUGAUAACCUGCAAUUCACAACUAAUCACUCUAAUUUAGAGGCUCGAAUUAAUUACGUUAACCAUUGUAGUAACACUUUACCUAACUCAAAAGCUCAUCGAACCAAUCGUACGCGUUUAUUAAAUUCUGUGUAUAACGAAUAUGCUAUAGAAAACCAACAUAUUGCUGACAAUGAUAACGCAACCGAUAAUAUCUCACAUCAUUUAAAUAAACCAGUUUCCCGUACAUCAAAUAAUCAUAUAUUAUCAAAUACAACAUCUACUAUCCCAAAUCAUUGUGAUAAUUCUAAUAAUGUACAUAUGGAGCAUGACAAUCAAAACAGUAGCAAUAAAAAUGAUGUUGCAUUACAUGUUAAUCAGAUAAAUGCAAUAACUAUACCAAAUGAUCAUUUGAUAACUUGUAAUUUUCAACUUAGUACAGGAUUUUCAAUGGGUUCAAAUACAUCAGACGUAUUUCAGACAGGAUUAUUAUUUCCAAAUCAGUGUGCUUCUAUUGCAAUGACCACAUCUGAUGAUAGCAUACUCAACAACGAACAUACAAUCGGUAAUGAUGAAAUUUCCGUCACACGUAAUAUCUCUAAUAACACUACUACUUCUAUUGCCAGUUUUAACCAUGACCAUGUCAACAGAGAUGGCAGACAUUACUUGCAUAGAUUAAAUCAAUAUGAAAAUGUAGUAAAUCAUACAUCUGACAAAAUAUCUGUUCAGUCAGAUCAACAGACUAAUUCUGUAUGCUAUACAUCUAAUAAGGAAAUAAAUCUACCAGUAGACAAUAAUGAUAAUAGGUUGUCAAUGCCUCAACAAGUAAAUACAAGGGAAUAUAUGUCUAGCAUUUCUACAGAUUUGUUAAUUAAAGCGUUUGACACGUCAUCAGCUAACAUAACAAGUACUACUUCUGAUACGUUAGUAGGUAUUAACAAUAGAGAUUUUCUGUAUAACUAUGAUAGUGACUUUCAAAAAAACGGAAACAACAAUAAAAAUAAUGCGCAUGAAAUGUUAACUUUUGUUAAUGAAGAUAAUAAUAAUAAUUCAAUUGGACCGUUACUUUCUUCAACAUCAUCAUCGAUUGUUGACUUCUAUAUGAUCCAAUCAGAUCAUAUAGUGGAUUCACAGCAAGAACAUGUAGUUGGAGGUGAAGAUGAGGAUGAAGAGCAAUGUGAAGAUCAUUCAUUAAGGUCAAGUUUUUCAACGGGUGAAUUAGACCUUAGUGCAUCAUUUCGACAUUUAUAUCAUGCACUAUUUGAUGGUUCUGAAUUAUCAUCACAUUCAGUAGUGGAUCUUCAAAAUACAUCUGAACUAUCUAGUCAAUUUUUAUCAAAUAAAUUAAAUGAAGCAUCAUUUAAAAACAUAACGACAACAACAACAACGAAAACCGUGGCAAGAACAACAAUACAUACAAGCGAUCCAAUUGGUAUAACAAAUAAGGAAAAUAUCAUUAAUUAUUGUAAUCCUCAAUCAUUGAACAACAAUAAUAAUAGUAAUAACAGUAAUAAUAUUCUAGACUUAAACAAUCAAAUGUGGGAUUUAUCAUCAGACAACCGUCAUCAUAACAACCAACAAUUCAUAUCAUCAUCAUCAUGUAUCCCGGCCUCAUUAUCGUCUUCCUCCUCUUUACGCUAUUCAUCGUCUCCAUCAUUUUUACAUCAUUCAGCUUAUUCUCAGAAUGAUCAGAAUCGUCAACUGAUUACAUCAUCAAACAAUAUUACAAAAGCAUCGAAUGGAUUAUUAAAUAAUUGUAGUUAUCAUAAUCAUAAUUAUAAUUCAUUAAAUCUAUCUUAUGUAUUACAAAAAACUUUACAAGCGGCUACGAAUUUCGACUGGAGUAGCAUCAAUCUAGAUGAAUAUCCAGAAUUAAUAUCUAAAAUUCGUAGUGUUAAUCAAAAUCCAAACAGUCUUACUAUUGAACAAUUAAUGGAGUUGAAUUUAACACUUGAUCAAUUAUUCAAUCAUAUACAACAGACUAUACCUACUAUUAAUGAUUCUGUAACUUCUACUUCUUCAUUAUCAUCUUCGACUAAUUCUUUUUCUACUUCUACAUCAUUCGCCUCUGAUGUUAUUGGUGUUGUUAACAAAUAUCCUCCAACAAAACUACAUCAUUCCGUGUUUUCAUUGGAACAAAUCAAUCCAAUUCAUGACAGGUAUUGUAAGAGAUCACAGCAAAAUGAAUGUACAACUGAAAUCCAACCAAAAACCUCUGGUGAGACAACGGUCACUACCGAUACUACUGUUCUUGGAACGAUAACAACAACUAGCGUUAGCACUACAAAUCUCCAUCAUUAUCUUACCAAUCAUCAGUUAAACCAUGUAUUAAAUUAUCCCACAUCAGUUUGUACGGAUUCUAAUAAUAAUAUUAAUAAUAAUAAUACUACCACUACUAAUAUUACAUCGAACGAAUUAACAUUGACAAAUCAUGCUGAUAAUACUAUGAAUAAUGAUGAUCACUUACUGUCUCGUCUUAACACUACCACUACUAAUACUACUGCUAAUUAUGUAAAUACUUCUGAUAGAUUUUCAACUCCAUACAUUCAUUCCAAGGAUGUUAAUGAUAAUACGAUUAUGAAUAGUAGUGGGAAUAAUAUUACUGUCGAUAAUAUUAAUCUUUCCACUAUUAAUAUUAUUACUACUAAUUCUACUCAUAGCACCAGUUCUGCUAUUAGUCUAGUUGAUAACAAAUCACAUAAUGAGACAAUAACCGAUCAACAGAAUCUGAUAUGGACUUCAAUGAAAUUUCACAGUGAAAUUGAUGCUCCAAAAACAUCAAUUUUCACUGACAACAACUAUUCAACCUAUGAUGGAUUAUUACACAAUUCAUUUUCAAAUACAACUUAUCAAAAUCAGUUACAUACAGACAUUCAUUCUACAUCACAUUCACAAAUUCAACAAUCACAUAAUGAUAGCAAUCGUGAUAAUAAUUCAUCAAAUGAAUUUAUUAAUUCCCAGUCAUUAUUAUUAUCAUCAAGAAAUCAUCAGCAUUCCCAUUUUGAGCAGAACAGAAAGAUUAAUUCAUUAACUAACCAUCCUAUAUCGUUUUAUUUUUCACCUGUCCAAUCAGAUCUUUUUACAGAUUCCACGUUGAAUAACAAUGAGAACAAUAUGGUUUAUUCAGAAUUACAAAGUAUAAGCAAUACAAAUGUUAAUAAUAAUCAUGAUAAUAAUAAUAACUCUAGGAAAUUAAUGAUGAUGAAUUCAACUGAUAAUUCAGCAGUUUCACAAAAUUUCAUCAAUCUAGUCUCUGUUCUUCCACAAUCAACGGGGGCAGAGGUGACGAUAACAACAACAACACCAUUAGAAAUCUAUGAUGAAUCGUCCAGUCGAUUUUUUCAGUCACAUCAUCAUCAUCAUGAUGAAUGCACUGAACAUAAUUCUCCUCAUCAUCCUCACAAGCGCCAUGUAUUAUUUAAUAAUAAUAGUGUUAAUUCAAAGUUUAAAAUGUACAUGACUAGUGCUCCUCAUGAGGACGAUGAUAAUGUUGGUGGCGGUGAUGGUCAUGCAAAUUUAAACAACCAUAAUCAUUUGAUACAGCAUGAUCGUAGUUUUGAACACGAUACUCAAAAUGACCAAUUUCAAAUUUCCAGUAACAAUAAUUGUUCUUUUUAUCAUUCAAAUAAUUCUAAUCCGUCAAAUAUUGAACAGAAAUUUUCAUUGAACACAACACAACAACAAUUUAUUGCAAAUUCUACACAACAUAGUACAACAGAUUUUAGAUUUCCUAUUACACAGCAUUUUACAAAUAAUAAUAUACCUUGUUGUACUUCAUCCAACACUACACUUCGUUCAUCAUCGUUGUCACCGCCCUCAUUUUUUUCUCCUCAUUACAUUGAAUCAUCUUUACUAACGCACAAUCAGCACCAAAAUAGAUUAUUGUUGUUAGACGAUCAAAGAUAUUCAGGUUUAUGUCAAUCCACUAUAACUACUACUACUAUUAAUAACAAUAAUAUGCCAGUCAGUCAACGAUUGUCACAACAUACUGCCAUGAAUUCAUGUAGUAAUAUUCAUAGUAUGACCAAUAAUAAUGAUAAUAACAAUAGUAAUGACAUUAGCUCAACUGUGAAUAAUAAUAAUAAUGGACCAUCGGAAGAUUUUAACUGGAAUACAAUAGUUUAAUCCUUUUUAGAUUUAGAAAAGAAACAAUAGUAAUGUUGACUUAAAAUUAUUUUAUGAUAAUCACAUAUUACUGAAUUUUUCUUUUCUUUUUCUUUUAUGAAUUCAUUAUUAUUGCAAUUGUGAUUGCUUUUUGUGUGCAUGUGUGUGUAUUUGUUAGUACGUAUGUAAUCUUUGAAUGUGUCUACUCAUCAUUAACCUAUUGUUGUGUAUUUCUACUGAGCCGAAUAUGGAACCAUUGUUUUCAACUCUUACAAUUUUAUGCCAUUUUAAAAAUGUUUUGUUUAAAUAGUCCCAGUUUACAUAUCAUCAUUCUUUAUCUUCUUACAAAUGAUUCCUUUCAGUCAAAUUUCGCAUUUACGAUAACCUUUGAAUGUGAUUUUUCAAUUAUAUUUCUCUCUUAAUCUCUUUCAUUUAUUUUGGUUUUAUUCACCUUUCUAUUGUCGUAGCAUUUAUAUACUUAUUUAUUUAAUUAUUUAAAUGAUUUUCAAUUUAUUUUUCUCCUUUGUGUAAUCGUUUUUUUCUUUUCAAAAAAAUUUUUGAAAAAAAGUGAAAAACAUUCAGACUUAUAUUCAUGCUCAGAAUGCCUCCAUACAUAUAAACAGGUAAAAACAAAUUAUGUUGAGAAUACCAUAACUAAAACUGUUUUUAUUAGUUUAAACGAAACCCCAUACUGCAUAUCUAAAUACUUUUGUUUGUUUGUUUGUUUUUCUACAGUGAUUAUUAAUUUUAUUUGUUUUUUUAUUUCUUGUUCCGUUAAUGCUUUUAUGAUAUUUUUUUCUUUCAAGUGAAGAAUUUAAUAUUUCUUGUUUUUCAAUUUAAUGUACGUCACUUAACAUUUAGAGCACACAUGUGCAACAUAGGCAAUCAUAUUAUAAAUACCAAGUUGCCUUGUGUGUUUUUCCAAUUCUUUGAAAAGAAAUUGUAAUAUUUUAAGUUUUACACUCUGUGUUUCAUCUCAAAUCUUCAUUCUAACUCAAAGAAACCUUUAAGGUAAUAGUUAUUUCGAUAUUUGAAUGCCAUCUACUUAUAAGUAGUUGAAAUGUCUUAUCUAAAUUUGUUUUAGAUCUGUCUGAUUUUUAGUUAUUAUUUACUUAUAUUACAAGAGUUGACAUUGUUAUCCUCUCGUAGAAUACAGAGAAUCAUGCGUAAUUUUGCAAUAAUGCAUUAUUUUUUGAGUGUAAUUUUCUCCGUUCAUCGGAAUUGUUUGUUCUUUUUUUCUCUCUGAAAUUUCAUAUUAAAUAUGUAGUUAUAACAACAAACACACCGUACAUAUCAUAAUCAUUGUUUUCAUGUCCAAUUAUUUAUUCAUUCACUUAUUGAGCAGCAAAAUUUAAACAGUUUCGUUUUAUCCUAUUCUGUUUUUUCUCCCUUCUCUGUGUUUUCGUUAUAUACUACUACUUUUGUUGUUACCACCACUUCUAUUAAUACUGCCCAGAAGUCAUUUAAUGUUUCUAUUUUAACUUGAAUAUGUUACAUUUUAGAAAAGCAUUUAUAAUAGAAUGACUCAAUCUACUAACAUUUUAUGUAUGUGUUUUAAUAUUAAACGAUUGUAUAGUACUUUGUAUGAUUUUAGUUUCAAGGUAUAAAAGAUUGAUUUUUUGUUUCAUAUUGUAUGUUUACUUGUGUUUCUUGUUGAAAACAUCAAAGUACAUUUUGAAAAUGUUGUAUAUU